GCCUAGCGUGAAGCAGGAGAACAUGGAUGAUCAUCAGCAAGUGCAAGUCAAGCAAGAGAAAUUCGAGCAGCCUGGGCCGAAGAGGCGUCGAUUGAGCCAGAAGAGUCCGGACCUCUCAGCUCCAUCCUUCGAGUCGCGACUGACAGAGUGGGCCGAGAAAUGCCUAGCAUUUCAAUCCUCUGGCAAGACGUGGCUCCCCACGAAGCCCUGCUGCCCGGCCAGCCCCUUUCUCGGAUUGGCGGCAGCUCCGUGGCAAGGAUGUGUAAGAGGCGAGACAACUUCAUGCGUGCAGCUCCUCGGCAAAGAGCAGUUCAGAGAGUUGCGCGACUUCUACCGCGAGAAUCCACACCAUGCCCUCUUCAAUGACAGCAGUCACCCAAGCAGCGAACGACAGACGGAGACCACCGCUGGAUCCAGGCCACAGGACCACAGGAGCUCCACCGGCAAUCAGCAUCGAGCAGCUGAGUGCAUGAAGAUGUGGCCUUGGAUGCGGGACCUUCCCACGCGAGCUUGGGCCGGCAAUGGCUGGCUACUCGUGGAGGACGGCAUGAUGAAGCUCUCCCCGACCGGAGGGGGCUCCGCCAUGCAGGGCCUGGAGAUCUUCGAGUCCAUGGGCUCCGUCCCGGAACCCGACGAGCCAUCCAGCAGAGCCGAGCCCAGAGCCGAGGAAGGCCAGGUCGUCACGAAGAAGUUCCGCGGCCUGGAGCGCCAGAGCGGCAUCCAAGGAAUUUAUUGGAACAGGCUGAUGGCUCUUUGGCGGGUCUCUUGGCAAGAAGGGGGUAAGCGGCAGAUUCGGCAGUUCCCCAUCUCCAAGCACAUGAAGCUGGGCCUCAGCGAGGCCGGGGCCUCGGAGGCGGCCCUCGAGGAGGCCAAGGCUUUCCGCAAGGAGCUCGUGCGCCAGGGGAAGCUGAAGCCGCCGAAGCCCGUCACGGAGAAGGCCUCCGGUUCCACGGUGAGGGGCCUUGCGUACAACAAAAGCAAAGGAACCUUCCAGGUUCAAAUUACAGACCCUUCCACCAACAAGAGAGUGCACGGUGGCAUGUUCAAGGUGAAGGAGGAGGCCGAGGCCCGGGCGCGGGAGCUGGCCCAGGAGUUGGGGCUGCAGGAGGAGCUGGUGCCGGUGAAGCCGCUCUCGGAGAUCCCUCACUUCGAGCCUCUCGGGCCCGAGAAGGGCAUCAACUGGAGGACGUCAGCACAGGGCUGGCGAGCCCAGUGCACAGUUGAUGGCAAGCACCGUGAGCUGGUCGUGCAGCCCAAGGACUUCUCGGCGAAGGAGGUGGAGAAGGCCUGGAAGCAGGCGGUGGCCUGGCGCAAGCAGCAGGAGAAGGAGAAGGAGCGGGCUGCACAGUCCCGGAAGCGAUGA